AAAAAAGCGGCGGUCACACUGGCUGUCAAUUUGCAAUGAAUUGAAGUGUAUUAUCCUGUCAGAUUUUGACGACAGCAAACCCCAUUGACAACUUGAAAGAAAACCGGACGAAAAAACUUUAAUUCAUAAAGAAGAAUGAACUCAAAAAAAAUCAAAGUGGAAGGCUUCGUGAUAAUUGACGGCUCUUACUUGGAGGGCGGCGGACAGGCGCUACGCAACGCCCUGAGCUUCAGCUGCAUUUUGGGCAAACCGGUGCGCGUCAUCAAUAUCCGAGCCAAUCGCCCGAAGCCAGGGCUAUCUCAUCAGCACCUCCAUGGUGUCAAUCUGCUUCGGGACAUUACCGAUGCGCAAGUAAAGGGUAAUGCCUUCUCCUCCACCACACUUGAGUUCACACCUAGCGCUAUCGUGGGUAACUCAUACUACGUCGAUACUCAUACGGCGGCUAGCAUUACCCUGAUUUACCAAAUGGCCCUUCCAGUACUACUCUUCGCCGGACGUUCCUCUAGUCUGAUAGUGCAAGGGGGUACAAACGUGUCCUUUGCUCCGCAGGUGGAGUAUAUGCAGAAAGUGCUCUUACCGAACCUAAAGUUUUUUGGAGCAGACUUCUACCUGAAGGUUCUCAAGUACGGAUUCUACCCGCGCGGCAUGGGAACCUGUAAGUUGGACGUUAAACCGGUGAACAAGCUGCACGCUGCACAGCUUAUAGACUUCGGCAGCGUCAAGUCGGUCAGCGGAGUGGCUUUCUGUGCCGGACGCGUGCCCAAGAGCAUUGCGAAAGAUAUGGAAGAGGCGGCGCGAGCCGUGAUUCCCCGUCUCAUACCUUCCCAGCACUUCAGUAUCGAAUCGGUGAAGCAUUCGUUGGAGAGGGCUUGCGACAACGGUGCAGGCAUCUUGAUCACGGCCCAGACCUCUACCGGCUGUGUGCUAGGUGCCGACAUGUUGGAUAAGAAAAAAACUAAUGCUCAUGUGCUUGGCGAUGAGGCCGCCUGCAAGCUUGCCGAGUACGUGUGCAAGGAGGUGUGCGUGGAUGAACACAUGCAGGACCAGCUGAUCAUCUAUAUGGCACUGGCAGAUGGUCACUCAAAGAUGCGUACUGGCCCGCUGUCAAACCACACGCGCACCGCCAUCUAUAUAGCUGAGCAAAUGGCGGGGGUUAAGUUUAACGUGGAGGUGGAGUCCACCGAUAAGAUGCUGGUUUCCUGCAGGGGCCUGGGAAUACUCAACGUGUGGUCUUAACAACCGAUCUUUAAUUUACGGCAAUCUUAAAUUAAUGUCUACAUAUAUAGAGAAUAUAUACUUGGUUCUAAAGGCGUCUGAA